AUGACGGUCAGUGUGCGCGAGUGUUCGCUGCAACCUAGCGUUCGCCGUGCUACAGUCAAUGAUGCAUUUAUCCUGCACGAACACUGUGCUAGGCUGGCUCGCUAUCACAACGCUGAAGAGGAUUUCCACUUAUCCCUUUCAGCAUUACGCACCGCCCUAACAAAAGGUCCGUGCUAUGCUCUUCUUGCGCUGGAUGAAGAAGGCAGACCGGCGGGGAGUGCGAUCUACAGCAGCACCUUUUCUACAUGGUCUGGCAAGAGUAACCUCUUCUUGGAACAUCUCUUCGUCGAUCCUGCAUUCAGAGGCCAGGGACACGGCAAGACACUGCUUGCUCAGUUGAGGAGACUGGCUGGGACUGGGCGAAUUGAAUGGAGUGUGCAGGCGAGCAACGUCAAGAGUAUACAAUUUUAUGAGUCGGCUGGUGCACACGUACACGACGGAUGGCUUGAGAUGCGUAUGGAAGGAGCUCAGUGA